ACAUCCCACUUUUUAAGGCUUUGGUGCUACCAUUAUGAAAGCUUGGAAAAACGCGUGUGGAUAUUGUGCUUACAUUUUUUUUCACCCUAUUUUCUACUGUCGGAGGUAGUGAGUCGAAUGUUUUGUGAUUUCUGGUGUUCUGCCUGAUGACAGCUGCUGAGGUAGAUAUGCAGACGGGAGGUUACAGUAUCAUGUUGGGAACAGAAGCUGAGCAGGACUGUUUCCUCGCUAUGAUCAGUCAAGCCCAAAGUUGUCGUAUGGACGAGCAGCGCUGCACCUUGGAGCCCACUGGGACCACUACAUCUACCCCCAAACUCACCACUACUAUACUGUCAGGUCCAAAAGCUGACCACCUCCUCCGACUCCUGGCCAAUACUCAGAGUCGUCGCUGUAACAACCAACAACCGGCACUUCCUGUGUUGCCAGGGAUACAGGUGUUCAGGAUGGCUGUAGACCAGUCUACUGAAACCCAGACCCCCCGGACUGAAGGGGCACCUGGGACACUCCAGAAUUCACACUUCACACCAGCCUCUCCCACCUCCUCCCAGUCGCUCUCCCAAGAAGCAGAAACACUGGAGCAGGAGAAGUUCCUCAUCAUGAUAAGUCGCGCCCAAAGUGGACGCAUGGACGAGCAGCGCUGUAUCCUGGACCAGAACUCCUUACCUUUAGGACCAGAUUCUGAGAAGUUCUUUAAACUCCUAGCCAGCUGCCAGGGUCGUCGCCUGGACGACCAGAGAAUGGCCCUACCCUCGAUGCCGGGGAUGGAGCAAGUAGAGGAGAGCUUCCUGAGUCCCUGGAGCAUUGCUGCUACCUCCAGGAAGACCCAGUCCAGUAGGAAGCUGACUAAAUCAACUUCCUUUUCCACUGGAUUAGAUAAAGAGAGGCCUGAGGAGUCAACCGUUGAGCAGGACAUGUUCCUCAUCAUGGUCAGUCGUGCCCAAAGCGGUCGUAUGGAUGAGCAACGCUGUUUCCUGAACCUUGGCCAGACCAACCCUUCUUUACCCAACAAUGGAGUUAGUGAAACCAAGGCCGACCAGGAAUCAGACAAUCUGUAUUACUUGGUGGCCAGGGUCCAGGGGUCCAGGAUGGAUGAACAAAGGUGUUCUGCCCCCCUGAUCCUCCACGGUUUGAGUUCCCCUUCUCCUGCUGGUGUGGACCUCUCCAGAGGGACAUCUGACAAUGUCUCCCUCCCUAGGAAUGGCCGGAGGUGUGUGUCCCUCACCCCAGUCCCCAUGCAGGAGAUUGGACCAACACAGCAGGAGGAUUUCCUUGCUAUGGUCAGACAUGCUCAAAGUGGUCGUAUGGACGAGCAACGCUGCACCUUGGAGCCCACUGGGACCACUACAUCUACCCCCAAACUCACCACCACUAUACUGUCAGAUGAAGAAGUUGAAUGGUUCUUUAACUUGCUGGCCAACACCCAGGGCCAUCGGCUUGACGACCAGCGAGCAACCCUUCCUUCAUCCCCAGGUAUCCAUGGGCCUCAGGAUGAGGCUGCCCCUGAUCGACAACCAAAGGCUGCAGAGGAAGGAAAACCAAAGACUCCCAAGGAGGUACAACCAAAGGCUGCCCCAGAAUUGCAAACAAACGCUAACCUGGCAGGACAGCCAAAGACUCCAGAGGAAGAACAACCAAAGGCUGCCCCGGGCUUCAAGACAGAGCAUCCCCGAAGGGGUUCACCACCGCAGAUUAUCCUGAUUGAAGGCACCCCUGAAACACCAAAGAAGGUUUACACCGCACCAACCUCUCCCACCCAGGCCUUGCCUGAACCUCCAGUCCCACAGAGACCUCCACCCAGAUCAUCCUCCUUUGGUCCAAACUCUGACAACCAGACCAUACAGAAUCAUCCAGCUCAAGUAACGUUGACCAUGACCAUAAGUUUCACCCCAGAACAGGGAUGGAAGGCCAACAACCAACUUCCAUGCUCCUUCCCAGAAAUGGUUCUUACCCUGGGACCUCCAGGAGAGACUGUGGUGGUCCCUCUUACCCACAGCCCAGGCAAACCAUUUUCCCUCAACUUUAACCUGGUCCCCAAGGAGGACUUCCUCUCUGGACCCUCCCGUCACCAGGCUUCCUAUAGACUGGCCAAAUCCAGGAACUCUUCUCCUAAGCUCGUCGGAGGAUCCAGAGACCCACACUCCAGACCAACCACUUGUAAUCCAGCCGGAGGUUCCAGAGACCCUCAAUCCAGACACUCUUCUCCUAAACCCACCAGAAGAUCUAGAGACCCUCGAUCCAGACACUCCUCACCUAAAGCCAGUGGAGGAUCUGGAGAUCCUCGCCCCAGACACUCUUCACCUAAACCCACUGGAGGAUCUCGAGAUCCUCACUCCAGACACUCCUCUCCUAAACCCACCCUAGGAUCCAGAGAGCCAUGCUCCAGAGCAACUUCACCUCACAGCAAAGCGUACAGAGAUCCUUAUCUUAGACCAUUACCUCCUAAUAAGAUACCACAGAAGCGUCGGUCCCCCAGCCGUGCACCUCCCGUGACCAGCCCUAUUAGCCCAGAGGAAGACUACUUCUCCCUGAUAAGGAGGGUGCACACAGCUCAGCUCCAGAAGGGUCUCAGGAUGGUGAGGGAGUUUGGGAGAGGGCAAGGAAAGUGUCAGGGAAAGGGGGGUGGGGGGAAAGACCGAAAGGAUGGAGGCAAGAGAAGAUAGUGGGUGAUGUGAAGGGUCGAGCUGCAGAUUGUUUUUAUUAGUUAGCUUAUGACUAUUUUAUUCAUAUUUUUUAAUUAUUCAUUGUUGUUUGUUAUUGAUGUUUUUGCUUGUCAACUUGUGAAUUAAUUGUGAGCAUUGGGUUCAUUCCAGGUAAGCCUCAAGUGUUUCCUUGUGUUUGUCUUUGAAGAUGUCCACCACGAUUGCAAGGGAAGUAUCUGGAAAAUCAGUUUACAAAUAUCUUAUCUCUUGCAAGUGUCUCAUGAUAUGCAAGGUUGUUUUUGUAUGAUCACCCCAUUGCAGCUGCCAAGCUCCUCUAAAAACAUUGUCCUCAAAAUGUGAUGUCACCCUGAAAAGAAACCCUGUUUUUUUCUGGAGAAUUCACAUGGAUGAUCAUGAACCCAGAGUGGAUCUUUAAACCCUACCCAGCUGCCCACCAUUGGGGCAGUAUAAAGUUGCUCCAGUAGAGCAGUCUGGGGAUGAAGUGACUGGAAAUGCUGCAGCUCAGAGAGCGACUACGUCAAGCUAUGCCGUUCCCCAAAAUGGAAGCCAGGGAAAGAGAAAAAAUACAGUCCUUCCUCUGCCACCAGAGAAAGCUAGAAAUACAUUAAAACUCAUGUUUUGAACACAUUUUCAGUGUAUUUCUUGUUAAUAGAUAUCUAAUAAAAUGAAGAUGAUUGAAAA